UGCUGCAAGCAGAGUGUUUGUUUAAUGUAGAGAUCUGAGCAUGAAUGCAAACACCACGUAAUCUUUACCUUCAAAAACAAAAAACCAAACCCCGCCCCCAACCACUCCGGCAGACUUGUUUGAAAAUUCCACUUUAUUUCUCUCCAUUAUAAAAGCAGGGUUUUGUUUUUGCAUUUCUGUUAAGUGUCCAGACUUGGUACAUCUUCAUUGUUUUCACAGUAUCUCUGCAAGACCCCAAGGACGGUUCAUAUUGCUGCAGCAUGAAUGUGGGCAGAAUGCUAGAGACGAACCUCUGCUACGGAGUCUAAGGUAACCCUUCUCUCCCCCUGCCAAAGCACCAUCCUAAUCCAACUGCCUUUCUCUGAGCCCAUUGCAGGCUCUCUGCUGCUUCUUGCAUUGCUAGCUGGUUCAUAUAAACAUAAUGAAAGCCGGGAAUGGAAUCCAUGUGCCAUCGCUCACGUGGUUUGCUAGUGAACAAGAAGCCAUGAAGUCCUGCCUCCUUUCAGUGUGCAGGAGAUGGAAGUUAACAUGAGGGCCCCCUUGCUGUUUCCAUCCUGGUCCCUCCACAGCUCUGCCCAUCCACUGUCUCCUGACCUGCAUCAGAGACUGACCCAGACUCCUGAGCAGAGACUGGCACAUUUCAGCUCAUGCACUGGCUUGGAGCCAUAGAGAACUGCCCAUCAUGAGAGGACUAAGAUGGGAUCACCAGAGCUACCCCACACUCAUGUUGCGCACUAGAUCUGUACCCAGAGGUGCAAUACCCAGCUUUAGCUCUGCACUUCCUUCAGGACACGUUCCUCGUACAAUCCCAUCAAUUGCUUGGCUACCCUAGUAGAGAGGUAGCUGUAUUUACUGCUGCUGAUCGCAGCCACACAGUGCAUGAACUGGUGCCCUGAAGAUUCAAGUACCAAAGGAGAGGUUACGUGCUAUGUACAGCAAUUCUAAAUAUAUGGCUAUUGAGUUAUUAACCAGCCAUAUAAAUAGUGGUGUGCAUAGCACUUUUCAUUUCCAGCCGCCACCCCUUUUGUGUUGGCUCAAUCUGUCCUCAGCAGUUUUCGUAAUGGAGCAGCAUUGGAAAAACAUCACUUAUUUAAUCACAAAGCAUGAAGUCUUUAAAAGGCAGUGCCCUUUUUCUACACUAGCGUCUGACAACACAAAGGGAGGAGGGAGGGAUGUUUCCAACAAGGAAACAGGAGAGGCAUUCUUGGGAUGGAGUGGGAGUUAAAGGCCUUGCAAAGCCCAUGCAAAACUGACCCCUGACAUGAACCUCCAUUCUCACAUUUACUGCCCAGCCAGGUCUACCCAGUGCAGCAGGAAAGUCUUAGCAAGGAGGUUAAUGUCAAAUUGCAGGGGUGUAUCCAAUCCAGCAAGAUAGGUGGUAGGAAUCUGGCUUGUUUCAUGUACCCAGAGACUAAACCUAAUGCCACGCUAAAUGGAAUAUGGCCUGAGGAUUCCCUGAAUGUGAUUUCGGAUGAGCAGGAGAAGAAAUCUUUCCUCAAACCCACUGUCUUAACUAGCUUUAUGAAGGUGUGUUAUGUUUUUUUGUUCUAGAGGUGCGGAGAACCCACAACCUGUACUGAAGUCAAAAGGAGCUGCAAAUACUCAGCACUUCAGAAAAAGGCUCAAAAUAAUGCCAGGCCUGAAGAACACCUCCCCCUUCCUUCCCCAACGUGCACACAUUAAACUUUGGGGCUGCUGAGAAAUGGAUGCAAGCUUCACCACUUGGGCCCAUCCCAACUAUCACCAGUCCGGACACAGCAGGAAGAGGUUUUGCCGUAUUCAGUGAUUCGCUAUUGCGUGGUAUUGCCUGGGAGAGGAUAUGGAUAAGUCUCAAGGGUCUGUACAAGUCAAGCUAUAGCUGGGAGCUAAUUAGACAUAAGAAAGGGGAACUUAAGAAUGAUGGAGGCAGUCACCAUGCACACCACAAGGUCUCACAAGCUUGAUUCAUCAUCCUCUCUAGAUCUAGGGCCUGGGUUUAAGCUUUCUUCGGCCGUUCGUUGGCAAACUGCAUAGAAUGACUGGCUCCCUGAGUCAAAUAUCUGCCUGUUGGGAAGAGUGCAGGCAUCUGUGGACAAUCCCAUCUGGAGCAGUCUCUCCCAGAAUGCCCAUGAACACUGCUGCUGUUGGGAAUCAACUCUGAGUCUGGUGCUGUCAUGUGGGAUGCUGGGGCUUGGAAGCAGGCAUUGAGGCUUCUGGUCCCUGAGCGGGAGGGUUGUAUUUGAGCAUGCUGCCAAAAUAAAGGGGUUGGAUACAAAGUAGGGAGGGUCCUGGUAUAUCGUAAGGCUGUCUUGCGGGUGAACUCUUUAAAGAGUGUGCCUGGAGGCUGGCUGCAAUGCUAGCAGCUAGCCGAUGAGUGUAGGGGAGAGACAGAGCUGCUUGGAGCAUAGCGUGAGAAAUGGCAGAUCCAGAUGGGAGUCUUGGAGAGUCCCGGUGAGACCUGGCUGAGCAGGGACCAGCCAGGUGCAGAACCUCUGAGCACUCCUAGUCCCUAAGCAAUUCCUCAGUAAGGGGAAGUGUCACUAUCCUCAUUUUACAGGUGCAGUGGAGAGGCGAAGAGACUUGCCUGAGGCCAAACAAGAAGAGCUGAAAACAGAAGGUAGGUGGUCUCCUCCCAGCCCCUGCCCUGUCCUCCAGCCCACACUGCCUCCACCAUACAAGUUCCUCCAUUUCUAAACGCCCCUCAGCCAAAAGUCUCAGUCAAGCUGCCUCCUUUUUAUGCUUCCUGUCUUUGGAGAAAUACUGGUGCUGUCUCUGAGGCCACCCAGGAGAUCCACCAAAUGAUUUCUUAGGGCCCUGACUUAUGUUCCAAACAGACAUGACUUCCCAGAGCAUCCUCCCCGCAGGAUGCAGAUUUUGCAUUAUUUUCAUCUUCUUAGGGGUUGCUUGCUUACACAUGUAUGCUUCCACCAUAUCUCUGCAGCUAUGUCAUCACCUACAACCCUUAUCACUGAAAGCCAUCUGAAUCCAGUGGGGCCAUGAGGCUGCUUCUCCAUCAGCCCAGGGAGGCUGCACAAUGCCAGCAUCCCAAAGCCGGGCCAGAGCCAGAGAGCGGAACAAUGUCCUGAACAGGGCUGAGUUCCUCUCGUUGAACCAGCCCAUGAAAGGGAACCAGGAGACCAGGAGCUCCAGCAGAAAGCAGGGCAGCCAGUCUGGUCUGGCUCCCAUCCAAAACGAGGGCACCAAGGAGCGGAGGCAAUCGCAGCAGCUUCCCGAGGAGGACUGCAUGCAGCUGAACCCCUCCUUCAAGGGAAUUGCCUUCAACUCCCUGCUGGCCAUCGAUAUCUGCAUGUCCAAGAGGCUGGGAGUCUGUGCCAGCAGCGCCUCGUCCUGGGGCAGCGCCCGCUCCAUGAUCACACUCAUCGGGAUCACAGGGCAUGGCGUACCCUGGAUCGGGGGCACACUCAUCUGCCUGGUGAAGAGCAGCACGCUGGCGGGACAGGAAGUCCUCAUGAACCUGCUGCUAGCCUUACUCCUGGACGUCAUGAUUGUGGCAGGACUGCAGAAGCUGGCCAAGCGCCGAGGCCCAUACGAUGUCCACCCCGGCCUCUUGGACUAUCUGACCAUGGACAUCUACGCUUUCCCAGCUGGCCACGCCAGCCGAGCUGCCAUGGUGUCCAAAUUCUUCCUCAACCACCUGGUUUUGGCCAUCCCACUCCGGAUCCUGCUGGUCCUCUGGGCCUUCUGCGUGGGGCUUUCCCGCAUCAUGAUUGGACGGCACCAUAUCACAGAUGUCCUGUCCGGCUUUGUCUUUGGCUACUUGCAGUUCAGGCUGGUGGAGUUGUUGUGGAUGUCUUCCAACACGUGUCAAAUGAUAAUAUCAAUCUGGUGAACAUAAGAAUCCCUGAUGGAAACUAGCAGACACUUUAAGAUUCUUUCUCUCAUUUUUUUUUAAAUAUAAUUCUUCAUAUUUAUUGGGAAAAAAAUUAACUUCCAUAAGUAGUAGUAGUCUUUUUACUGUUGCUCCCUUGUCUGGAAAAAAAAUGUUUCUUGCAGAUGGUUAGGCUUCAGCAAAACAAGGCCCAGCCAUCACAGUAUUUUGGCCAUUUUUUAAAAUCCCAUUUGGAUGGUAACCAAACUAAGCAGUAAAGAUAACAAAAUGAGUUCUCUUUGGAUGGUGCACAUCUGAUGCCCAGGUGCGUUCUCAGAAAACCUGUUAUCCCUUUGGGAUGCGUUAAUUAGCUUCUUGGAGACAAAACGUUUUGGGGCGAAGUUCUACAGCGCUUUUUCUGUCUGCCAGCCCAAUGAUUGUGUCUUGUACAGGGCCGGGCACACUGCCGGCACCUCACAGAUAAUAAAUAAUCAUAAAAGUUC